AUGGACAAAAUUAAGACACCCAAGGAGGAACCCCAAGAGAAGACCGAGGAGCAACCCACGACUGUUGAAGAGUACCAGAGGAAAUGGGACCAGAUGCUUCAAGACACCGCAAAGCAGAUCGACAAGAUUCGAGAAAAUGAGCUAGCGAGGAGGUCAAAUAAUAAUAAUCAAACCGAGCAGCGUUGA